CGAGGAACAGGAUGGCACGGUCUUUAGUCUGAGAUUAGGAUGUAACGCGGCUAACUGCGGACGCAGACGUCAUUGGUCACUCAUGUUGUAACUACUCACCGUAACUUUUGAGCGAGGUCGUUCGUUGACUCCUCCUGUGUGAUGAAAAUACUCUUGCUUCAAAUCAACACGUCAAGAUUCCUGUACGAGAAUCUAUAAAUAGUGUGAAGACCUCCACUCCAGCAUAUAAUGAUCAAACAUGAACAUCUUGUUGUAGUCCUUUCAGCAAUAUUUAACAUGAACAUCUUGUCGUAGUAGUUGUCUUCUCCUUCGACUGCAUUUCAGAGUCAGAAAACAAGUCUUCACUUCGAUCAUCAUGAGUGUCCUUUUCGGACGUGGCGGUCCUCAGCAUGGUGGGGGACAGAACCGGAACGUGCGGCUUGGCAAGGCUGCGGCGCGACAUCAGCACAGGGGAGGUGGCAGCAGCUCUAUUAGGGUAGUGCGGAAACCAGAUCUGCUCGAGGCCUAUCAGGUGGUGCAGGGCCGCUCUCCCGCAGAGCAAGAGCGAUUACGACGAUUGAUGCCGCCACCAAGACUGCGCAAGCAGGACCUAGACCAUCUUCUGGUAGGUCCGCGACUUCGAAGGAGACUCAUGCUUGCCAGGAAUGGGGACGAAGUGUCUGAGAGUGAAUACACCUCUUCAGUAGGAGGAGGUUCGGAGAGAAUGCCGAACUACACGAGUCGUGGUGAUCAAGCAAGAGGGAGAACCACUGGCAGGACCGUCAGAGGAGGAACAGGACUCCAGACACGGGGAGCACAGAAAAGCGGUAGCAGAACGCACGGUGGACAAGAAGGAGGAGAUAAAAACCUUUCAUCCUUCUACGGUAGUGCUGGUACUGUCGAGCUAGAAAAUUUAUCCCCUGAAAGCAAGCAAGACUAUGCCUUGCAGUUGCUGCUGAAGGAGACGAGAAAAAUCAAUCAUGACUGUCAUCGCAGCCGCUUGCAGAAAAAUCAAGCUGAGCCUCAGCAUUUUUUACACCUUUUGUCAAGUGGUUGGCUAGGACACGACAUACGACGAGUGGCGGCACUGGUUGUCCACAGACUCAGGCUUUUGCGAGCGAAUGAACAGCAGGGCACAGCAGUAGCAUGCUGUGCGGCGAGAGCACGGGUUCGAUACGAGGAAUACCUAGCGGGAAAUUUAGGUGGCGACUACGUGCUCUCACAAUUACUUAGCGACCUGAAAUCACUCAACAUGCUGCCCAACCCUCCUGGGUAAAAUGAUGACAAGAAUAUACAACUACUUACGUCGUGUUUCAGGCGAGCAACCCAUAGUACCCAUAGUUGUACCCAACAAGCUCAUUCUAUGUUUCAAAACAACCCAACAGAAUAUAUGUAAUCUACUUGAGCUUGAUUGAACCGCGGCGAACGUAAACGUGCUUCACACCGCGUUACACCUUUCUCCUCAGAAGCAAGUUCCGACGCAUGAAACAACACUUACUACUCACUUGGGAUCCCUCGUGAAUUUCGCCCUCUUCCAGUUUCAGAGUGGAUGUUGUGGAUGUUAUGUUGAAAAUCCGGAAAUUGACCUAAGUAGAUCUAGUAGAAGAUUAUGUGACUGGGUGAGAGAACAAAACGAGAGCAAAGGUACGGACGCUGUUGAAGC